AUCGGAACUCCGAGAUUCAACCUGAUCUCGCUUGGGUUGGUGGAUGCCGAUAAAAUUCUCAAGUACGAGUUGACCACUGAAGACGAGAGACAUUUGGCGAAGGAAUACAGUACGGCUUUGAUGAGGAAGCAUAUGGCGAGGCAAGAGGAGGAGAUAAAUUUGCCGAGGAAGAAGAAAUAG